CGUGCCCCUCCUGCGCGGCCCAGGCGCACGCUGGCAGACAUCAUCAUGGAGAAGAUCACAGAGAAGCAGACGGAGGUGGAGACGGCGCUGUCGGAGAUCUCGGGAUGCCCCAUGCCCCAGCUCGAUCCCCGUGUCCUGGAGGUGUACAGGGGUGUCAGAGAGGUGCUGUCCAAAUACAGGAGUGGGAAACUCCCCAAGGCAUUUAAAAUCAUCCCCGCCUUGUCUAACUGGGAGCAGAUCCUCUACAUCACAGAGCCAGAGACGUGGACAGCAGCUGCCAUGUACCAAGCCACCAGGAUAUUUUCAUCCAACCUGAAAGAGAGGAUGGCCCAGCGGUUCUACAACCUGGUGCUGCUGCCGCGGGUCAGGGAUGACAUCGCCGAGUACAAGCGCCUCAACUUCCACCUCUACAUGGCCCUGAAGAAGGCUCUGUUCAAGCCGGCAGCCUGGUUCAAAGGGAUCCUCAUCCCCCUGUGCGAGUCGGGGACCUGCACGCUGCGGGAGGCCAUCAUCAUCGGCAGCAUCCUCACCAAGUGCUCCAUCCCCGUCCUCCACUCCAG